AUGGUUCCAAACGAAUUGCAUUCACCAAUGGUAUAUGGUGUUAGAUCAUUAGUGCCUUUGGCAAUCGGUUUAACAUUUGGUGUGCUCAUAUCAUUGGUGAUAUUUCCACAAGAUGAGUAUACCAUUCCAAAUGGGUCAUGCUCGAUUGCGCAGCAGCCGGAAGCACUGAAAAUAGUGGAUGAUUCAUCUGCAGACUGGCAAGUGGUCGUCAAGAAAAUCCCAUCAUCCGCUCAUCGUGCACAGUCAAAUGCAGCAAAGGUGGUUCGUGCUCGUUUUGCGGCCACGGAAUUGGGUAUUCGUGAGAAGUUGUUGGUGAUAAUAUUAGGACAGUCAUCACUAUCAAUUGCAUUGAACGCAUCAAUCGCUCAUCAUUUACCUCAUUUGCAAAUCUUCAUCGAUGUCUCGAGAAUCGACAGUGAUAUGGCCUCGUUGCCGAAUCUUAUUCAGUAUCGUUCCAAUUCACAACAUCCACACACAUUACAUGAGAACUACGAUUGGUUCUAUUUGAUGCCUGAUACAACAUAUGUAAAUCCAUUUGAACUGCUGCAUUUCGUGAAUCAUAUAAACUGGAAUCGAAAAGUGGCAAUUGGUGGCAGUUUAACAAACGACAACAAAUGCACUCUGCAGGCUGGUAUUUUAUUGUCAAACCCAGCAAUGCAAUCGUUAAUACAACAACGUCACAUUUGUAAUUCAAUCGUGAGCAGUUCCGAUCAUACAGCCUUCGAAAUGUGUAUUCGACACGCCACUAAUUUAUCGUGUGUUAGUCAGUAUCAAGGAAUGACGUAUAACUGGUGGAAAGUGGAUGAGAAUAAGAUUAAUGUUGAUCGAAGCGGUGGUAUAACAAUCCAUGACAAAGUGAAUUUGUGGUCGAAAUCAACCGAAUUCAACGAGUCAAUUUGUGUAUCUCCGUUACUUUCCGAGGCAGAUGUGCGUGCGUUACAUGAACAUUUCAUUCAUGUUCAACUGAAUAAGAUUGACGCAAAAAUUGAUAAAUUAGUAGAAGAAAUUGAUUCGAUGUCUGAUUACAUCUCUGAUGGACCUACGUGGCCUAUUGGUAUACCGUCGUAUUCAAAACCGCCUAAUAGAUAUCAGGUACCUAAAUGGGAAUUUUUUACAAGUGAUGAAAUUUUCAAAAAUGAACCCAACCAUAACGUUCAUGCAUUGAUCGGUGAUGACAAGGCUGAUGUUGAUGAGGUUGUGCAAUCAGCGCGUGAUUUCAUCGAAAAUAAAGCUGACGAAAUGGAAGGAACAGGGAUGGAAUUUGUGAAGUUACAAAAUGGUUAUCGUUUAUUCGACGCGAUGCGUGGUAUGGAUUAUAUGGUAGAUUUGAUAUAUCGGAAUAAAGUCAGUCCAGAAACGUUCAUUCGGAGAGUUCACUUAACGAGAGCUAUUGCGAGUACUCAGCUGAUGCAUCAAGUACCGUACGUGAAAGAAGACACAGAUCUGACGAUAGUGAUACCACUCGGAUCGUCGACAACAAAUAUAAAUGCCGAAAUAGGUGCAUUAAAUCGGUUAUUGUCCAUAUAUUCACGGAUUUGUCAAUCGACCAAUAUCGGUGAAACAAGACAAACGCGGAUUGUUGUUACGGCACGUAACGUUGAUCAGUCGGCGAUUGAUUCAAUCAACAAUCAUUUGGUUGAUUUAAGUUUGCGAUGCAAGUCGUCAGGAACAGACACGAUGUUGUUGUUGCUGAAAGGAGAUAGUCAUCCGAUGAUAUCGGUUGCAUCCCUCGAUGAAGCGAUCAAUCACUUUGGUCAUCAAAUGAUCUACUUGUUGCUAUCACCGCAUGCCGAUAUACAGCGUGAAUUCCUGGAUCGAGUUCGCAUCAACACCAUCAAACAUUUUCAGGUUAUCUUGUUUUGA